GGCGCGUUUGUGACCCGAGGUCGCGCUGAAGUGACUUCCGGUUGCCGGAAACUCUUGUGAUCCCACGUGUGUUUUUGGGUGUUCUGGUAUCCUUCUGUUCCACGCGCGGCACGUCAAAGAGCUAAACGAUGAAGGCGAGAAAAAGCAAAAAACGGGCCCCGAGCUUUCGGAAACUUUUGAAAACUAGUAAAGUCAAACUUGACAACAAGUUAAAAAAUAAACAAUAUAAACAGCAAAGUACUGCCAAGAAAUACCGAAAAGAACAAAAGAAACUUAGAGAAGCUGUGAAAGAUGUUGUGUCCAAGAAGCCUUUUCCAUUGGAGGAUAAAAAGCAAAUAUUUCGAGCUCAAAGAACAGAGGAGGAGGAAGAAGAAGAAGCCCUUCCUUUGGACAUGAUGGAUGAAGAUGACUUGCAGUUACUGAAAGAUUUAGGUCAAAUGCCAUCAUUUUUAACUAGAGAUCUUUCUUCCAGUGAGCCUGUUCAUGUCAAGAAACGGAAGCAGGAGAGCAUAAUAGAUAAAUAUGAGAAAGUACCAAGACGACUAAAAACUGAACCAGAAAAAGAAGUAAUUCACCUGCUUCCAAUCAAAGAUAAGUGUGGAAUUAUUCCACAAACCAGAGAGAAGCCAGUUGUCAGUACGAAUGAAGAGGAAGAGCAAGAAGAAAUGGAGUUUGAGGAAGUAGUUACUGAGGAUCCUAUGCCAAAGCUAACCACAGAAGAAUAUAUAAUUCAGAGGCAGAGGAAACUACAAGAGAAAAAAAUACACAUUGCUGCCUUAGCAUCUGCCAUCUUAUCUGAUCCAGAGUCCAAUAUUAAGAAGUUGAAAGAAUUGCGUGCUAUGCUUAUGGAACAGGAUCCUGAUGUAGCUGUCAUUGUACGGAAAUUGGUUAUGGUUUCUCUGAUGGAGCUAUUUAAAGACAUUACUCCCUCCUACAAAAUUCGACCUCUCACAGAAACAGAAAAGGCAUCCAAGGUUCGAAAAGAAACCCAGAAACUAAGAGAGUUUGAAGAAGGUCUAGUAAGCCAGUAUAAAUUUUAUUUGGAAAAUCUGGAACAAAUAAUUAAAGACUGGAAGCAAAGAAAACUGAAGAAAAGUAAUGUUGUCUCCUUAAAGGCAUAUAAAGGUCUGGCCCAGGUUGCUGUGAAGAGCUUGUGUGAGCUGUUGGUAGCACUUCCUCAUUUUAACUUCCAUAAUAAUAUUAUCGUAUUGAUUGUCCCUCUUAUGAAUGACAAAUCAAAACUGAUUUCUGAAAUGUGUUGUGAGGCAGUACAGAAGCUUUUUAAACAAGAUAAACUGGGCCAUGCCUCUCUUGGUGUUAUUAAAGUAAUAUCUGGUUUUGUGAAGAGUCAAAAUUAUGUUGUUAGGCCAGAGUUGUUAAAAUCAUUCCUAUAUCUAAGAAUCAAAGAAAUAGAAGUGAAGAAAGACACAGAAGACAUCAAUGCACCAAAAAAGUUCAUGUCUUACAAGGAGAAGAGAAAAUCCCUUUCAAGAAUGCAAAGGAAGUGGAAGAAAGCAGAGGAGAAACUGGAACGAGAGCUUCGGGAAGCAGAGGCUUCAGAGAGUACUGAAAAAAAGUUGAAAUUGCACACAGAGACGCUGAACAUGGUGUUUGUUACCUACUUUAGAAUACUGAAGAAAGCCCAGAGGUCACCUCUUCUGCCAGCAGUCCUAGAAGGUCUUGCCAAGUUUGCACAUCUCAUAAAUGUGGAGUUUUUUGAUGACUUAUUAGUCGUUCUGCAUACUCUCAUAGAGUCUGGUGAACUAAGUUACCGAGAGUGCCUUCAUUGUGUUCAUACUGCUUUCCACAUUCUUUCUGGCCAAGGUGAUGUUCUAAAUAUCGAUCCUAUGAAGUUCUAUACACAUCUCUACAAAACCUUGUUCAAAUUACAUGCAGGUGCUACUAAUGAGGAUGUUGAAAUUGUCCUUCAAUGUCUUGACGUUAUGCUGACCAAACGCAGAAAACAGGUUUCUCAACAGCGAGCCCUUGCUUUCAUAAAACGCCUUUGCACCUUAGCUCUUCACGUCCUACCAGAUUCAAGUAUUGGCAUUCUAGCAACCAACAGAGUUUUGAUGCAUACUUUUCCAAAGACAGAUCUACUGCUUGACAAUGAAUCACAAGGGAGUGGAAUUUUUCUUCCUGAACUGGAUGAACCAGAGUACUGCAAUGCUCAGAACACUGCUCUUUGGGAAUUGCAUGCACUUCGGAGACAUUAUCAUCCUGUGGUUCAGAGAUUUGCAUCUCACCUGAUUGCUGGCGCGCCCUCUGAAGGUUCUGAAGCUCUCAGACCAGAUUUAAGUCGGAGGUCAGCUACAGAACUUUUUGAAACCUAUAGUAUGAAGACAAUGACGUUUAAUCCUCCCGUUUUGUCAGCUAAUCCCUCAAAGAAGGGUAAAAUUUUCCAUGUGGAUUCAUAUUUAAAUGAAGAUUUAAGCCAACUAAUAAGAACUCAUUGCAAUGAAACUACUAUUCAACUUCCUCUGGAUUUCACCAGAUACUUAAAAACAUCUGUACGGUAAAUGUAGAAGGAAGCUGGAAGAAAGUGAUUCCAUAUGUGCACCUAUUGGCAUCAUAUAUUUCAACUUGAAUUUGUGAAGAUUAUCCUGAGAAAUGAUGAUUGAAGACCUAGUGUUGACUACUUUACCAGCUAGAGUGAGAAUAUGUAAGAAAGGAGAAAAGGAAAUAUUUUCUCAAAUAUUUUGUGACUCGUUUAUUGGUAACUCUUGUACAGCAUAUGUUAAAUUGUAGUAGAGUUUAGAAUUCUUGAAUACUUCUAUUUAGUGGCCUAGUUAUAGCAACAAUCUAGAUGUUUUUCAUUAGUAGAGAAAAAUUAUGUUCUUUAUGUUUUUUUUUUUUUUUUUUUGGUUUGUUUUUGAAAACCCAUGUUUAUUUAUAACCAAACAAAACUUUAAAAAUUUUUAACAUUGAUAUUUUUAUGAAA